AUGGUCCAAUGCCACUGCAAUGCAUUAAAGAAAAAGGGACUCCACAAACUAAUUUUGUCCUCUCUGCGCCCAUUCGCCCACCUUCAGAUGGCGCCUCUGAUCCCUCUCUCUCUCAAGCUUGCUGCAAUGCGCCCUGCUUCUUCUUUUCCUGCGACAUCGCUGUGCCGAUCAGCGCCCCUCCCCUCAAAGCUUAACUCUGACGGGCACCAUUGUAAUUUUAAUCACCACCAAGCUUGGCUUGGGGCCGAGACUUUUAAUUCCAGACUUUGUUCGACUCGUCCAAUGUCUCCGUAG